AGUCCUGAGCCCAAAGUCCUCCGCCUCUAGAAGACACCCCAUCCUGUAGGACGCCAUUUUCACAGCCCCAGCCGGAACAACCCCUUUGCCAGGCUAUCGUGGGCAAUGUGAUGACCGUGGGGGGUACUAGGGUUGCCACCUGGCCAGUUUUUGUGCUGCCUUGCCAGUUCAAAGAUUUAACGUGCCAGGAUUUUGUUUGUUUCACAUUAGAGCGCUCUGCAGUUCUCGUCCCUGGAGUCCAGACUGUGGUGCCGGGCUAGCAGUAAGAUCACAGGAGGAGCAGGCGCUGAGCGAAGCAGGAAUUUCCCAGGCACGCGGCUCGUGCAUUUCACCUCGCCUUAGAUCAUCACCAGAGAACCAGCAUUAGGGGCACCGGGUGAAGCACAGCCAGCAGCUCGGCGUCAUUGCGGCUGGACAAUGCGAGUCCCUCGGGAACGUGUCCCGUGAGCUGAGCCAACGCACCGCCAGGACCCGAGGAGUCUGGAAAGGCCGGGUGUGAGAUCACAAUGUCCCAUAGCAACAGGAAACCCCACAACCAUGUUCGAGAGCUCACCAGGGACAUGGAUCUGGCCAGGUUACGCUCCUGUCCCCAGCCUCUGAGCAUGGAGACCCUGCAGGGUGUGCGGGAUGCGCUGGAGAAGUGGGGGGUGCUGGACGAGGAGCUGGGAGCUGGCUUUGAGCGGGCCUUGGCGGAGUUCCCCCGGGAGCCCCCGUGUGUGCAGCGCAACGCCCGGAUGGUGAUCCAGAGCGACGAGACUGAGCUGACGUUCUUCUCUGGGAAGGGCAAGUGUAAGAUCAGUAUCUCUGACAACGGCACCUGCUAUGAGGUGAAAGAGCCAACAGCCCAGGUGUACCUGGCCAGGUUACGCUCCCGUCCCCAGAAACUGAGCACCAAGUCCCUGCAGGGUGUGCGAGAUGUGCUGGAGAAGUGGGGGGUGCUGGACGAGGAGCUGGGAGCCGGCUUUGAGCGGGCCCUGGUGGAGUUCCCCCGGGAGCCCCGGUGUGUGAAGAGCAAUGCCCGGAUGGUGAUCAGGCAUGACCACACCGAGCUGGUGUUUGUGUCGGGCCAGGGGGAAUGCGAGAUCACUGUGUCUGAAGGCGACGGGGAGCCCUGCUAUGAGGUGAAGGAGCCCACGGUGACGGUGUAUCGGGAGAGGUUACGCGCUCGCCCACAAAGGCUGAGCGUGGGGAGCCUGCAGAGAAUCCGGGACAGGCUGGAGUGCUGGGAGGUGAUGACAGAGGAGCUGAGAUGCUCCUUCGAUCUGGUGCUGAGGGAAUUCCCCAAGGAGCCCGAGUGCGUCCGGGAGAACCCCAGGAUGUGCGUUGCCUGGGACGAGACGAAGCUGCGGCUGAUCUCUGAAGAUGGGGACUGUGAGGUCUCCGUGACAUGCUGUGACGGGAAACCCAGCUAUGAGGUGACAGUGAAGAGCUGGGCGAUGUAUCAGGAGAGGAUGCAUCUCUCUGAACAGCCACUGAGCAUUGAGAACCUGGAGGGCGUGCGGAGGGAGGUGAGGAGUCUGUCAGGGACUCCCGAGAAGGUCAAGGAGGCCUUGAACGUGGCCGUUAGGGAUUUCUCCGCUGAACCGGGCUGCCUGCAGGAGAAUGCCCGGCUGGUCAUUGAGUGCGACAGGGGCGAGAUGGUUUUUGUCUCCGGGAAAGGGGAGAAUAAAGUGAACGUGUGCAUCGUCGAUGGGAAGGCAAUAGGAGGUUUUACUGCAAAGCUGCAAUGUGUAUUACCUAGUCUUCACCCAAGGAAUAGCUGCUGUCAAGAGGCUAUCCAUAGCCUGCCAGAGAUUUAUAAAAGAACUUGGCCCCAUCCUGACUUCUCAGAUCUGCUUAAACUUGGUCAGGAGAAGCUUGAGUGGCAAAACUGAGGUGUCCAGCUCCAGUCUGGAUCACCCUGCUGCUUUUCGUGGGAGAAUUUGAACAAACUCUCUAUAUUAACUGUUUAAUUGGAUUAUAACCCGAUGAGCUGAUUCUGGGAAGAACUUUUUUGCAACUCAUCAGCUCACCAUCUCUACUACGAACCUGCCCUAAGAACAGCUGUCAUAUCUGCAGGUAUAACAAUCUUUUAACCACAAUACACUCUCUCUUUUCUUUUUUUAAUAAACCUCAGU